GAGAAAUAGGAAAUGGAGAUCAUUUAUGGUUUGUUAACUUAUGUUGUUGUAUUUUAAAUUGGGAAAACUAUGGAUAUUUUUUAAAUAUUUGGAUCAUUAAAAGUUUAAUAGCAACUAUAUUUGAUUUUAAAGUCUACGGUUGUAUUUUUUUUUAAUAUCUUAAAACAUUGGGAUUUGAUUUAUUCCUUUCAUUUAAUGAAACGUCUUAUUUUGUUUACACGAUCAUCCUUACCAAUGAAUUAAUAAUAAUAUAAUAUAUGUUUAUAAUAUGCUUUAUAUAUAUAUGCUUUAGGUUAUGUUUCUGCAGGCUACACUUAUGCAUUGGAAAAGGCUGGCUGAAGUAUGGUGUCAACCCUGACAUUUUGAAAGAAAAACCUAUUUUUGCAACACUCACAAAUUUUACAGGAAACUCACCCUUGUUUGAUUUGAAAAGUUUGUUGGUUUUAGAUUUAAUUAUACUAAAGUAAGGACUGUGGAGAUAGAAAUACCAUUAACCACUUAGAGAUAUAUAGCGUCAAGCAUGAAAGAGUUGUCUAAAGUUUAUAAUGAGCAAAAAAAUAAUGUUGCAUAAUUCUGUUAUCUUUGCUAUCAUCUUUAACCCUUGAACUGUGGCAUAGAUCAUUCUGUAGUGUGGGAGCUUUUCAGGGCUUUUUGACUUUUUGAGUGCCUUUAGAAAUAGCAUUAAAUGACAUAGAAAUAUUGAUGUAAGACCCCAAUAAGUAGGCUAUAUAUUUUUAGAAAGGUAAAUGGAUGGGAAUAAAGUUGGUAAUAUUGCCCACCCAUAAAAAAAAAAUUUCAGUGUCCUUGACCUUGGAGUGCUCAAGGAAAAAAAAUCGACAAAAUGUCUAGCUUUCGAGUUCUCAUAACAUCAUUAAUUUUUAUAGAUUCCAUUAAAGUGCUAAUACAAAUGUGGUAGCCAAUUCAUUUAUCUUUCAGAAAAUAUAUAGUUUGCCAAGGUUUUGAUUAAAAUUAAACCUCUGAAAGCAAUUUUAGUAAUUUUAGGUCAUUUAUUACUGGAAAAAAAAAAGAAACUGGGACCACAGCUAAAACCAAGUACAACAUACAAAAUCUCAGGCAAAAUAGUUAUUAUUGACUAGUUAACAUUUAAAAGGGAACUUUGGAUCUGAUUUGGGUUGUUAAACUAUAAAAUUUAUUAGCACUGAUCUAUAAUCUGUAGCUUCUGUGAAUUAAAUUGAGUCAGUUCUUGCCCAACCUCCUGGCCUGGCUUGAAGUCUAACAGUAGGCCUAAGACUAAGACUAAGUAUCAGAUUCACGAGAAGAAGAAUCUGAACUGAGAUGUCAUGGGGAAUGUUAAAAUCAUCAUAAGUAUCACUUAAAUCCUCUCCUAAAAAGCUUUCAAAAAUAUUUAUAUUAGUUCUCGCACUGAAGGCCCAGCCAUAGCUUCAGCCAUUUCAGCUUAAAGAAAACAGCGAUAUAAAAUUCUGAUUAAAAAGUACUUAUUGUUAAGUUAUCAAGAAACAGCUUGACCUGGAAUUUGAGUUAAUUAUUAAUAAAAGGAAGUGGCUAUGAUUCCGGUUAAAUAUUUGAUUGGAAGUUGCUAUCAGACCAUGUUUUUUAUCUGCCAAUUUUUUACAGAACAAGAAUAUGGGCAGAUUUUUUCGGCCGACCACAGUUCGAGGGUUAAAUAUAAACCCAAAAAUAAUUUUGCGAUAUUGACACAAAAAGUAAGCUUCUGGCUCUGAUUAUGAAAUUCUGAUUAAAGCUCAUCAAUAAAUAAUUGCAUGGCAGUCUUUCAAAACGCCAUUAAACUCUUAUUUAAAAAUUAUUGUCAAAAUAAGGCAAAAUUUAAAAUUGCUGUAAUAUUUUUAGAAAAUAUAUCCUUCUAAGGGUUCAUAGUUUAGUAUGACUAUCUAUGUUACUUCUUCAGUUCCAGAUUAUACAAGACUUUCUCCAAUUUGUAAAUGGAAAGAUGUUUUUCUAAGGAUGUGCCAUUUGGUCAAGAACUGGAGCAAAGGGCGCUACACAGUGGCACCCAUUUUAAAGGGCCACACUGACAAAGUCACAGCCUUUGAUUGCCAAAGUUAGUAAUUAAAAACUCAAUUUGUGUUAACAAUGUGAAGGAAAAUUAUGAUGUUAGACUUUCCCAUGUGAUAGCCAUUGACUACCCGUUUGUUGAUUUAACUAAAAUUUUAAGUUGAUUUUCUUUUAGUUACAACAUUUAAAAAACCUCGGUAAGUGUUACGACUUAGUCAAGAAAACAUGUAUUGAUAUUUUAUAAAUAGAAUUUGAAAAUUAAGUUAUUCCAUUAAAACAAUUCCAUUACUUCCAAGUUUAAAAUAUUUUAAGGCAAUUUUAAAUAAGCGGUAAGAAAAUUAAGUUUAGAGAAAUAAAACUUUCUCUUACCUUGAUUAUGGUAAAAUAAAUUAGAUAGUGCCAAAAGUUUUUCAUAGUGCUUAAGAUUACAUUUUGACCUAUACUUAAAAAACUUUUUUCUUUAGUUUUUUUUGUUAUAAAAUCAUCUAACAUCCCCAGACAAUUGUUUGGUUAGUGUCAGCAAUGAUAAGACUGUAAGAGUUUGGGACCUAACAACUUGUCAGUGUGUCAGAAGGAUCGGAGGAUUUUCUGACUCUUUAACUGCUGUCAAAAUAUCGGUGAGUUGUGACGGAGAUAAAUGCAUUCAAUAAUUAUUGCUUUUUGUUUUACUGCUUAUUAUAAAUGUUUACAUUUUUUCACAAAUAAGCUUCAUAAGUGACUUUUCCUCAGCUGAUUUUUGGCGUGAUUAUUAAUUUAAGUUGUUAGAACGUAAACAUCAUUUGUGGGACAUAAAAACCAUUUAAUUAUUAGAAGGAAAUCUAAUGCAAAUUCAUUGCAGUUCUAGCAAAGAUAAAAAAAUAAUUAAAUUCUUAAUGUGUAAGUUAUGAAAAAAAUUAUUCACUCUGAAAUGAUUUUGUCAGAUAUACAGGCUUUUUCUUCUUAUUGAAGCCCUAAAAACUCACCGAUGAAUUAUUGCUGUAUGUUGGGCCAAGCAUGUUUUCAAAGUUAUAAUAUAAUAAUUAGUUGUGUGACAUUAAGCAGAAAAUAAAAUCAAUGAAUGAACUUGGCCAAAAUUUGUCAAUUCAAUUUCAGCUGCUUUCAUAUAGUAAUUUUACUCGAUACAUUCUCCUGUUUUAAAAGAAAUAUAUAUUUUUACACUUGUACCGUAGGGUACAUUAGCAGUCACUGGCUGUGGUGAUGGUAGCAUAUCUGUGAUCAACAUUGCAACCGGUCAAAACGAACUUUCCUUCCAUGGCCAUAGUGACAGUGUCAAUCACAUUUGUUUGCUGGGAUCACUUAUUGUUAGUGCUGGCUCCGACAGGUUGGUUGUACUUACAGUGGUUGAUGAUCUAUAACUUCCUUUAAGGAAAGCUCAACAUUGAAAGACCUUCCAUAAAUGAGGUAACACUGUUUUGUCAGAUUUUUACACCCACCCCAAUCACCCCCCAUCACCACAUAUAGUUAGGCUUAGUCACCAUGGUCACCAGAGACAUGACACCCCCCAUCACCAUCACCACAUAAAGUUAGACUUAGUUACCACACAUGGUCACCAGAGACAUGACACCCCCAUCACCACAUAAAGUUAGACUUAGUCACCACACAUGGUCACCAGAGUCAUGACACCCCCAUCACCACAUAAAGUUAGACUUAGUCACCACACAUGGUCAUCAGAGACAUGACACCCCACCCCCCAUCACCACAUAUAGUUAGACUUAGUCACCACACAUGGUCACCAGAGACAUGACACCCCCUUCACCACAUAAAGUUAGACUUAGUCACCACACAUGGUCACCAGAGACAUGACACCCAUAUCACCACAUAAAGUUAGACUUAGUCACCACACAUGGUCACCAGAGACAUGACAUUGUUUAUGGAUUGGCUCUCAGGUUUACUUGAUCCAAUAACAUAAACUGUACUUUAAGGUAUAAAUCAUUGCAUUGCAAACCUUGUGGUGAUCUUGACCAAAGUAGGGUUUUUAUUUGAUUCAUUCCUGACAAGGCCUGUAGGUCUAUCUUAUAAGAGACAUUUUAAAUUAAUUAUUAUUCUUUUAGUCUUUGGGCUGCCAUUGAAAAUUACUCUGCUUGCCGAGAUCGGCCCAUGUGCCUUAGGUUGCAGACCCGAAGAUCGGCCCAUGUGCCUUAGGUUGCAGACCCGAAGAUCGGCCCAUGUGCCUUAGGUUGCAGACCCGAAGAUCGGCCCAUGUGCCUUAGGUUGCAGACCCGAAGAUCGGCCCUUGUGCCUUAGGUUGCAGACCCGUCGUGUUGAUUAUAGGAAAUGAUUGUUUGUAACCUUAUUCUAUUUUCAGUACUGUCAGAGUUUGGUCACAAUUCACACAAGAACUAGUCCACACAAUGAGAAUACAUACAGAUGAGAUAGAAGUGAGAUAUAUUUGUAUUUCUUUAUAG